AUGGAGGGACUCUCUUAUCUGUUCUUACUUUUGGGUGCCUUUUCCAUUCAGGGAAGUUCAGAAAACUUGGAAGAGAAUUUGGCAUUAAAAGGAACGGCUGUACAGUCGAGCACAUAUUACACCUGGGGAGCUGGAAAUGCCAUCGACGGCAUCAGAUACGCUCCAGGUCCAGCCUCUAGCUGCUCCCAUACAUCAUACCAGCUCAACCCGUGGUGGAGGCUGGACCUGCUGGAUUAUUACAACAUUUACAAAGUGACCAUCACCAACAGAGGCGAUGGCUGGUUGGAGCAAACGACUGGAGUAGAGAUCCGCAUCGGAAACUCUCUGGUAAACAACGGCAACAACAAUCCCAGAUGUGCUGUCACUUCACUUGUUCCAGCACGCAGUACUGUCAGUUUCUCUUGCGGUGGAAUGGAAGGUCGUUAUGUGAACAUGUACAUUCCUAACAUCCAGGCAUAUCUCACGCUGUGUGAGGUGGAAGUUUAUGGAAUAGCCAAGAAGCAGGUGAUCCGAGUGCAGGUGAAAGCUGCUGAGAAUGUGGAUGAAGCUGAACUGAAGGUGCUCGUCUUAAACAAGGUGGAUUUUAUAAUACUCAUCUGA